AUGGCCCCCACAAGAAGAGAGAAAAUAGAUAAUCUACUCAACUGGCUCGAGGAGAAUGCAUUUUGGAACUCUGAAUUGGUUGAUGUUAAAGAGUCCAAGUUUGGAGGCAUCGGUGUAUUCUGGAAAUUGAGGGGACAGGAAGACCCUACUGGGGAUAGAUUGAUUCUUAGAAUACCAAAAAGUUCCAUCUUGUCAACGAAGAACUCGUGCUUGAUUAACCUCCUAUCAGAUUAUGAGCCUACGGACCCUGCAAUUGACUUGACCAGAGGCAUGCACGCCAUACUGUUGACCUUCUUAUAUGAGCAGUCCUUAGGAGAGAGAUCCCCCUGGCACACUUACCUUGACACGUUUGAGAUUGACGACAAUGACGAUCAGAGUCUUCCUUUAUGCUUGUGGUCCAAGGAAGAGAAGGAGGCAUUGUUCAACUCUGAAUGUGACAUGUUGAACAUGCUUGACCCGACGGAGCUCAUUCAGUUUUACUUGGAGUGUGUGAACUUUGCAAAGACCAAUGAUACUUUGAUAAAAGCGCCACCUGUGUUGUGUCUUCGAUCUGGAGAGGAGGUAAAUGAAAGUCAUCCAAAACUACAGCUGUUCGCCAAAUGCGUCCAGGCAGUUAUAUCGAGAGCAUUCACAGUAGAUAAGUAUCACGGUCUUUCUCUUGUUCCGGGAGCUGAUCUCUUUAACCAUAUACUGCCGAUAAGAGAGAAUGGAAAGGUUGUACCGAGGGAAAAUGUCCAUUUCAUGUGUGAUGAUGACGAGGACUUGUGCGAUAGAUGCGGUGAGGUAGGCUGUGAUCAUGAGGAGAGCGACGAUGAUGAUGAGGGAAAUGAUGAUGACGAUAUGGAGGAUCUAGAAGAAGAGGAAUUGGGUGAAAAGGAUGACGAGCAGAAUGGAGAUAAAGUCGAGCAUUUGAUGGAGGAUGUGCCGCUUUCAUCGGACUCAGAGUACUCCGAAGAAGAUGAAACAAAUGACGCAGAAAACGUUGUGGAAGAGGACGGACCCGCAGAGGAGUCGUCGAAGCAAACUAUACUGAUGGAGGACAUCGAGCAAAUGGAACAAUCCGAGGCUGAUACAGAUCAAGAUGACGAAGAGGUUUCCACACUUUCACUCAGCGAGGAUGACGAUGAAGAUCCGUCGGAGAAAAAAUAUAAUCAGGAACAUGAUGACAACAAAGUUGAAUUGGUUCAAGAACUCUCUGACAGCUCCAAGUGUUGCGAUAUUGUGCUUACCCAGCUUCCGUCGAAGGAGCACGACUAUGAGCUUUUCAACACGUACGGAGACGAACUCAGUAAUGCAUACCUACUACAACGCUAUGGUUUCAUUUGCAAGAAUAAUCCAAACACCUCUUGUCUUUUAUCCGUUCCAAUGUUCGCCUACUUAAAGAAGAUCAAGGCUAAUAAAACAAACGAGGCAAGACUCGUAGCCAAGCUAGAGUGGUACGAGUCAAUUGGCUUUGAAAUGGUCAAUGAGCUUAGCUCAGGUUGUGAUGAUGAUGAUUGUGAGGCUUGUUUAGAGGACAAGCCUGAACACGAAUCCUGUUGUGGCGACGGGAAAGAGGAGGAGGGUUGUUGCAGAGAAGAUAGCUGCACAAAAAGCAAAUCUACAUGUCGAGAGCAGGAGCCACCAGAAUCAUGGCAAUUGCUGCCCCGAAUUGAUGAUACUGGAAACCCAUCCAAGCAGACGAAAGCACUUUUGCAUCUUAUAACCAUGCCCUUCAAGGUCUUCUACUAUAAGCUCGCCAAGGCACCAAGCGAGAACAAGAUGGCCAGGCGAGUGUUUAAAUACUUACUUGAGCCUCCCUUGUCAGGAUCAGAGAAGAAGAUUCUCGUUAACUGGGCAGAGCUGCGAUUUCACAGGUAUAGAGAUAUCCAGGCUCUGGGUCCUAGAGCAGACACUAUAGCAUACAUGAUUGAAGAAGAAAAGUUCCUUCUUCGUCACUCCGUCGAAGCUCUUCUGAAGUAG